AUGGACACAUUGGGCAGUUCAUCCAAAGUGGCAGUUUAUGCUCUCGGUAUCAUAGUGUCAUUGAUCCUGUUUGCUCUUAGCUAUCAAUUUGUACUACAGCCGUUAAGGAACUAUCCCGGCCCAUUUGUUGCCAAAUUCACAGACGGCUAUGGUGGCUAUCAUGCGCUUAAAAAGCGUCUCUACCUCGCUACGUAUUUCGACCAUUUGAAAUAUGGCCCUGUAUAUAGACAAGCUCCCAACCGUCUAGUAUUCAACACCUCCAGCACUUUACGAGCGAUUUACCUCCACCCCUCCAUAAACAAAGCCCAUAUCUACGCCCACACCCAAUUCAACCCCCAAGUCAACAUUUUCGGGACACUGGAACGAGAACGGCAUCGCCAAAAACGUAAGAUAUAUGGAGAAGUUCUUUCAGAACGUUCAUUGCGUUCUUUUGAGCCUACCAUGAGUAGCGAGAUUGAUGUGUUCUUGAAGCUAUUGUUGGAUACCAAGAAUGAAGUUGUUAACAUGUCACCGUUGUGUGAACGACUUACAACAGAUGUGGCUGGCCAGUUGGCUUUUGGACAGCCGCUUGAUACGCAAACGGAGGAGAGGAAUAGGGCGUUUCCGAGGGCAAUGAUUUCUAUGAAUGGGCUUGUUAGCAUUUUCAUGGCCUGGCCAAUAAUUUCCAAAACAUGGCCACUUCUCGGACGACUUAAUCAGAAGAAUGGCGUGGCAUUUUCCAAGUCAAUACAGAGUAUAAUACAGAAACGCGUAGCCCUUCCUCAGGACGCAAAGCAUGAUUUCUAUUCUAUUGCAGGAGGGGAAGUUGGUGAAGGUAUAGAGAGUCUCGGGCGUAGCGAAUUAUGGGCUGAAGCUGUAUUUUUUAUUCCUGCGGGCGGCACAACCCUCUCCGCAGCUCUCAGCUCUCUCUUCUUCUAUCUCUCCCGCCACCUAACCGCCUACACUCUUCUCGCCACCGAAAUCCGCAACACCUUCUCCUCCGGCCUUGACAUAAAAAGCGGAGCCCAACUCUCCUCGUGCAGAUACCUUCGAGCCUGUAUUGACGAAACAUUGCGAAUGUCACCACCAUUUCUAGCCACAUUUUGGCGCGAACCUUAUUCGGAUCAUACAGAACCUUUUGUGGUCGAUGGACACGUAAUACCGCGUGGUACAAUGGUUGGUGUCAAUCCGUAUUGUGUGAUGCAUAAUGAUGAGUAUUUUCCAGAGCCAUUUGCCUUUCGACUGGAGAGGUGGUUGACAUCUGAGGAAGGAAGUUUUAGCACCGCAAAAGAAGAGAAAAAUCUCGCCUCCAUGCGCGCAGCAUUUGCUCCAUUUGCCCUAGGAGACACCGGCUGUCUCGGCAAAGCAAUGGCUUACCAUGAGACCAGUCUCGCAAUCGCGAAAACUCUAUGGUAUUUUGAUUUUGAAAAAGCGUCAGGCGAAGCUGGCAAGCUCGGUGAGGGCCAGCCAGGAAAUAUAAAUGGGAGGGAUAGGGUAGAUGAGUAUCAAUUAUUAGAUCUUGCGGUUGCGGAUCAUGAUGGUCCGAAUUUGGUAUUUGCUCCGAGAGAGGAGUAUUGGCGGGAAUUAAGCGAUGGAGGUUUGAAGGUGUAG